CAGGAGGAGGCGGCGGGGCAGAACCAGAGCCUGAUCCAGAGGCUGCAGGACCUGGAGCAGCAUUCCCGGGAAUCCAGCACGCUGCAGCACAUCCAGGCCACGCUGCUCUACGACAUCCAGGCCCAGAUCAACAACAUCUCCGCGCUGGCCGACUGGGCCUGGCGCAACCCUGGCUGCCUCAGCCCCGCCGACAUCCGCCUCCAGGAGGAGAUGCGGCAUCCAGAAAUCAAACACGGCCGGAAUUGUCCCAUCGACUGCGCUUCCGUCUACUACAACGGGCUCCGGAGAUCCGGGAUUUACAGCAUCCUGCCCUCCGUCCGCGGAAUUCCCAUCGAGGUCCUCUGCGAGAUGGACACGGAAGGGGGCGGCUGGACCGUCAUCCAGAGGCGCCAGGACGGAUCCGUGGAUUUCAACCGGACCUGGAACGAGUACAAAGAAGGAUUUGGGGACCUCAACGGGGAAUUCUGGCUGGGCAACGACAACAUCCACAGGAUGACCAGCCAAGGGGAUUAUUCCCUACGGAUCGACCUGGAAGACUGGAAUAACAAACACAAGCACGCCUUCUACCAGGUCUUCAGCAUCGAGGACGAGGAAAACUUCUACCGGCUGCACGUGGACGGGUUCAGCGGCACCGUGGAGGAUUCCUUCGCCUGGUACCACGACAAGAGGAGCUUCAGCACCCCGGAUUCCGGGAAUAUCUGCGCCGAGAUUUCCCACGGGGGCUGGUGGUACCACCAGUGCUUCUUCUCCAACCUCAACGGCGUCUACUACAAGGGCGGCCGAUAUUCCAUCAAAAACCGGAAGAUGCUGGGCCCGGACGGGAUCGUGUGGUAUUCCUGGAAGGACACGGACUACUAUUCCCUGCGGAAGGUGGUGAUGAUGAUCCGGCCGCGCGCCUUCCGGCCCCACCUCUCCCCGUGA